CAACUGUUUUUUAUUAAAAGCACUUCCGGAACAGUCAUCUGGCAUAAGUGGAUCACAUCCGUAUCCUUUAAAUCGUACAAUCACUUCAAAUGAUAAAAUUGAUCUUGAUAUCAAUAAAUUUAGUUAACCACGCUACAUACUUUGCACAAUCAUAAUAAUUGUCUAAUCUUGACUUUGAACUCAAUAUUUUAUCAUAUCUGUAACUAGAGACUAAGUCUCUAGAUGGUGUAUAAUCAUAAAGUCUUGGUGAAGUUUAAUUCACUAAAUAAAUGUUUUUAGAGUUCUAAUUUAGUGUUCCGUUCCUGACUUAAGUUUUUCUAUUAUAUUAAUUUACAGCGUCUGUUUAACCAAUUGAAUAUAAACUUUAGUUCAUUUGAAUUAAAGUGCAGAUUCGAUUAAAUAAUAAGUACAUUUUAACAUUACUCUGAGGGAAACGAAUCAAAUCGAAUAGGGAGAAUCGAGCGCAGUGCCGAUUGGUGUGUAUUAACGACAGCAAGGUACUAACGGCUUAACGUUCCUUCCGAAACACAGAGGACCUUGUGAUAAUUAAUUUUUGGUCACCCAUCCAAUCCAAUGAGCAGCCACUGCGAAAAGUGCAUAAUAACCGUAUCGCAGUCCGAGCGCGUUAACUCCUGCGUCAUUGAACUACUCUCUGAUGACAAACUUAUGAGAAGUAAGUAAUGUUUUACUUUGUAAAGUGGAGUCUGUGGUUGGCGAAACUGCUGAGCUGCCCUGCAAUGUUACUACAACAGAAGAAGGGGACAAGCUGGACAUCCUCGCCUGGUACAAAGACGGAUCGUCCACUUCUUUUUACAGUCGCGACUUCCGCUCCGAUGAGGGCGGAAGCACAAAAUCUGGUCGCUAUCAACUGGUACGCGCCGAAGACAUGGUAAUGUUGAGGAUUGCGGCUGUCAAAUCGAGCGACGCUGGUGUCUAUAUGUGUCAUGUUGACCUUUCUUCGAGCCCUUCCAUGAAAACAUAUGUGCAACUCAAAGUUAUAGAUCCUCCAGAAUAUUUGUGGUUGGUGCAUGAAAACGGUACGAGACUCGGGGUUGCUUCUAAGGAUAAAAAUACGAGUGGGACCAUUGGACCUUAUUUUGUCGGAGACACAGUUCAUUUAUUCUGCAUCUCUUUUGGAGGCAAACCUCAACCGUCGUUAUCUUGGUGGAUCGAGAAACGUCUGCUGAAAGAAACAUCGACGCCACUGUCUCUAGAGCGGGUCCGCAGCGAUGUAAUGUACGGACCGCUGGAACGUGAAGACCACGGGCUGGUUCUAACAUGCUACGCGUCUAAUAACAAACAUACCAGACCACUCGCCAUUGACGUCACCAUCAACAUGCACUUGUCACCGGAAUUAGUUUCUUUACGCGGUUCGUCCAAUGACUUGAGUGCAUCAGGACGGGUACGGUCCGGUGAACCGUUGGAACUACAAUGCCGCGUGUUGGGAGCGAGACCGCCGCCGCCAGUUGAAUGGAGAAUAGACGAUAAUCAGCUCUCUACAUUACAACAAAACAUAACAACUGAAAGAUCUCAGCGAUUAUUAGUGAGCGAGAUUCAGUUGAGAUUGGGCCCGGAGUACGAUGAGUCCCGAGUGACUUGUUGUGCAGAGAUGUAUAAUAGAGGCGAAGAGAAAAGGUAUCUCUGUGCGCAGCCGCUACAUAUUGUUGUGUUGUAUCCACCAACUGUACAAAUUGUCGUAGAGAAUGAUUUACUCAACAACACCAUGACAGUAGUUAAAGGAUCUGACGUCACAAUGAAUUGUAGUUAUCAAGCAAAUCCGACCGUCGAUAGACUAAUGUGGUAUCACCAGGAUGACAUAUUCGCAAAGUACACGUCGAAUGAAGUGACUCCUACACUUGUGGUGCCUAAUGUCACGGAGGAAAUGGCAGGAGAGUAUGCUUGCGAGGCAACUAACGCGGAGGGAACAGCAUACAGCGAACCUAUCGUUAUUGACGUCACAUAUCCCGCUCUUUGCGAGGAUGAAGGUAUUACCGAAUUUGGGCUGGGCGAAGACGAGUUUUUGAAUAUAACAUGUAACGUGAACGGUAAUCCAACGCCUAGUACAUACCGAUGGGUCCUAGCUAACUCUUCCGUCACCAUAAACACUCUUCAGACUGUCGCACAAGAAACUCUGGAAACGGAUGAACCUACUUUACUUUACCAAAGACCUAGUGGUGUUCCUUAUAGUACAGUGUUUUGUUGGGGUCUUAAUGGUGUGCCUAGCAGUGGAUUAUCACACACACCAUGCGUUUAUUUGAUAACAGACGAAACGAUUCCACGACCACCUUACAACUGCGUCGCUACGCGAAACGCUGUUAAGGAUAUCAUAGUUUCAUGCGAGAAAGGUUAUGACGGCGGUUUGUCUCAGAAAUUUAAUUUUGCUGUAAUAUCUUCAACCGACAACAAAAAGUCGGUAGUAUCGAUAAGUAACAUAGAACCAAAGUUCUUAAUUCACGAGCCAAGCGAAGAAACCUAUAAAUUCGUCAUAACAGCUCAAAAUGAUAAAGGAGAAAGCAGCGAAGUUGAAAUAGACAAAAACAAUAUUGUUGAUGAAAUUCCAACAGAUUCUGAUGACACACCAAAGAGCGCUGUUACGAACAUAACUACGUUGACUUUGGCGUUAUGUGGCGGCGUACUACUGGUGGCGCUGGCGGCAUGUGGACUAGUGUUGUGCGCACAUGAGCGGACUGAUAGACAUCACUUACCCCACACUAGCGAUCCGCCACUAUGCGCGUACAAUACCGAAGAGUCGAACUGCGAUACAUUUCACGGCAGCGACGACGGCAGCGAAUGCAACGUUAGACGCACAGAAUCGUUCCGGCGAGCGGUUUCGAGAUAUCCGUCGAAAAAUUUUGACGUACGACGGACCAGUUCAUUCCACUCCGCUCGUUACAUGAACGAUAUGGCAGAGCAAGAGCCAAAGUUCGACACAUUCAGACACAGCGCAAAUUGCAGGGUGCAUUCACUGCAAAAUAUUAGCAGGAAGAAAGAGAUGGAUGCGUUGUGCGAUCACCUAGUAAUGCAACUACCGCCUGAAAUCAACUAUAAUGUUUCUAGACCCAUGAACACAUUCUACACAAUGCCGAGGAAAAUGAGACAGAAACUAGCAAAGGAACUCAGCGACGAAACAUCAGAGAUAACUCAGACUUCAGACGGGUUCUCUCUACCGCCUCCACCAGACGAAUACGGCAGCUAUCGACCAGGUCCACGCAUAAGAGACAUGCCUAAAUCUUCACCUACCUACUCUACAGUAAAAAAGGGAAAAGAUUCCCGAUCUCAAGCGAACCAACAGUAUAGUAACGUCAUAUCACCUAUGAACACGGUCGGACUGCCAACUGUUAGUGCGGCACAUAACAGUGUGUACAGUUACCCGGAAGAUGAGAAUAGAGCCCAGAAACCGAGUGGAAUUUUCACGACUUUCAAUUGCCAAUCUAGUGCUAAAGAAUCGGGGAUAUGAAUAUUAGAAUUUAAGGUUCGUUUUACAUUUAGAUCUCAUGAAUAUUUUAAUUAUAACUAUACAUUUUUUUUUUCAUUGAUAACUCGUAUUAUGUACUUCAAUCAUCAUUUAUUUACAAAAAUAGAAACUUUUACAUAGUGACUUUCUAGUGCCUUAUUUUUUUUUAUCUUCUCAGUUUCACAUGCACAUGAUUAAAAUAAUGUUAAAACAAUGUUAGACUGCUUUUGGUAUUUAUCGAAAAAAUAUUUCACUGCCAACCAAUUGUAUUAUUACACAAUAGAUAAUUAAGAAUUAUUAUAUAUUAUAUAUUGAAAGUCAAAUGUUUUCUAUGUAUAACAAUUAUUAGGAAUAAAUUAUUGUGAACUGUCA